GUGUUUUCUUUCCCCCCCAGACUCCGAAAGCAGCGGGAUCGGCAUGGAGAACUCUUCGUCGGCAUCGGGUCGGGUGUCAAGCGGGGCGGCGGACCUGCCUGUGGAUCCCACUGUGCCUGCCCGACCUACCCGAGGCGACCCGUCGUCGGCGUGUCACAAAUCGUUCCACGUCGGCACUGCGAUGUCGUCUCUGCCGGCUGUCGUGGCUGCGGCGGCGAGUGUCAUCAACACCGGCGUCCGUUUGGCGCCUUCCGGACGUCGCUGCGGCGGCGGACCCAUGGCGGCGAGUCUGUUUGCGUUGCCUGCUGGCGGCGGCGGCAGCGGUUAUGCAAUGACAAUGGGUGGAUUCAGGAGACCGGACUGGCUCGUUGGCAUGGCUGGGUCCACGCUGACGGACGCGUCGUCGCUGUCGUUUGAGGAUAACGACUAUCAAUGGUGUUCCGAGUAUGCGAGUUCUUUGCAUUCUCCGUGUGGCUACGGAUCUGUUGGAAAUUCCGGUAGUUUCCGGCCUGUCGGGCUUUUGAGUCUGUCCACGAGUGGGGUUGUGCACGAUUCCAGUGUACCGUCAACUCCUGAUGAUCUGCCGAGAAGAAAGGCGACGGCGACGAAUCCGAUCAAUCAGAGCGUCAAGUGUCCCGUCGACGAUAGUAUGUACGCAUGCGACGAGGAUGGCCCUCAUCUCACCGGUGCUGCUGUCGACUUCGAAGUCUUCCCCGCCGAAGACAUUCAUGGCUUCAUGCAGUUUCCCGAGGAAAGUGUGCAGUCGGAUGUGCUUGGAGCUGGCGGGGAGACGUUCGCGUCCAUCACACAGUCGCUGAUGGCGGCGCAAGAGUGGGGACUGGUCGACUCCGAUAAUCGUGCCAUUUUCCAGAGUUCAGUCGGCGCUUCGAGCCUGUGUGGAUCAACACCGCUUUUUUCGCCCACACGAGAAGAGGAGGAUGAGGUGAGCAACGUCAGCAUCGGGGUGUUCAGUGUAGACAGCCUGGACGUGCACGACGCCAGUUCUAAAUGUGAGCAGGAAGACGGCACUUUUCUAACUGCGAGAGAAGAAGACCUCGACGAUUUAGACCUCGAAUUGACGUGGACUACGGCGGAUAUCAAGACGAAUUAUACGCUCGCCUUCGAAGGCAGUUAUACAACGACAACUCACGAGGUUUCUACGCCCGACGGCAGUCAAGACGGAAGUAGGGCGAGCACUACCGGCCCAUCAUGGACGGAAAGCCUGGGCAAGGACUCGGUGAAAAUGACGCAAUCUACCGCCACCGCACUCACCGGAGCCCAGUACACGUGGUCCCAGAUAAAACUGCUGAAAUGCAACACCGAAGGCGUCAAUUCAAACUGUGGUCGGAGCUUCAGCAUGCCCGAUUUGAUGCGUAGAAGUUUAAACGUUCUGAAUGAUACGCGCACUGCUCCGAUAUAUAAAGCCUCGUCGAGAAAUCAAGUUCCGAGUGAAACUCUGUUCCGUCGGCGUUCUUUGGCGCAGUUGUUCCUGAGAAACAGACUACUGUCGUCUCGUUUAGACGGGAACCGAUCUACGAAUGAGAAUGCUUCAUUAGUCGAUUCAAUCACGGAAGAAGGUGAAGAAGCCUUAGCAACUCAGAACGGCAGCGGUGGCUCGACGAAUGAGGAGUUCUGUUCCGCCAAGUCAAAUUUGUCUAGUCGGUCUGGUGCGCGUGCCCCUGAUAUCCCCACGGACCCAAAACUGAUUCGAUGCGGAUCCAACGAUAGUCAGAGCAGCACAGUGAAUGUUAGCUCGUUGUUGCUGACUGAAACGAACGAGUCCAAGAAGCAUUCCAAAGGCAUGCAAACGUCAGGUUCUCCAACUUCAUCAGAGGCCACGUCAGUUGGAUUGACGCAGCCGUUCUCGGAGGACAGCUUGAAGCGUGGACGAGAACGAAAGCGCGAAAGGGCAUCAAUUUUGGUGUGCUAUCCGAACUACGCCUUGCCUGACCUUACCUUUCUUGGCCAGUCAUCUCGGAAGUUUGAUGCAGAUGUUUAUUUAUGUCCGCGUAAAGCGUCUGGCAGUUUCGACAAUUCCGUGGUUGAUCCAUCUAAACUUCCGCAAGAGGUUCAGAAACAUGUGCCGCCCGCAAAUGCAGCGAGUAAUUCCGAACCUAGACCUCUGUCUACCGACGAUAUAUUGAGACUUCAGGAAUCGAGUCUAUCUCACAUAAAGGACUGGGAUUCAUUGCAAACCUUGCUUCCGGAUGGAGUGCGGCGACUGAUUGGAAAACGCGGAUCAGUGGUUGAAGCAAAAUCAGUGCAAAAAAAGGAGCCGUCUUUUGAACCGGAGAUCAAGUUUCGCAAACCACGGCCGCGGAGUUGCGAUCCUGCGCUUUUGCUGCGCAAGCCUUUUCUAUUGGAACAGACAGAGCUUAUCCACGCUUGUCAUGAUCGUCACAGUGGAUCUCAUGAGCAAGCGUGUCGCAAUAGUGGUCAAGUACAGCCGAAGAGUAUCUUGAGGAAAACGAGCUCAUCGUGCGACGACCGCAGCGCAACAUCUACUUCCGAAACAAUCACUGCAACGUCUCAAAGCAGCGUGAAGCGAAGAACACCUCCGUGUUCUAGCCCUGCCAGUCGAGUGCUUCGAAACCUUCGAAGUAGGUCUGCGGAGAAUCAGAAUAAGCUUUCGGUUGCAGCUCGCCGUAAAAAGCAUCGCGAGAGCUAUAUAUACGACGAUUCAGCCGGCGAAAAUGACGAGGAUGAAUCGUCCGCGGUGCUUGGACCACCGAGUGAGUCCUCGUGUGCGUGUACCAUUUCGGAAGAACCUCGGCGACCGGAUGCGCUCGAGUUGCGUAGCCACGUUUCUGACAUGAUCUCAGCCAGAAGCAGCUUGGCAAUGCCGGACCUGGGAGCUAGAAAGCGGUUCCAUCGUUCGGCUGGAAAUUUGUUCGACGGAAAGUUUUCUUGCGCGCAAAUUAUUGAUGAAAUGUGCGCCGGCAAAGUGGGAGAAAGACAAAUGACUCAGUGUCCUUGCGGAGGUGUGUUGAGGCAUCGGAAGAGUGUUAGCUUUGCUGAAUUGGAAGAUGCUGAUGUGGAACAGAUAGCAGAGGACGAACGUGAUUGGUGUUUUGACUGCCGGGAACGAAUUAUUUGCGCAUUCCUGCAGAGAUCAGCUUUACGAAAUGUAAGUUCCACACAAUUUUGUUCGAAGGAUUGUGGAGGAUGUUGUGCGGAUGUGCCGACUCUUUGGAGCGCUGGGGCAGCAGUUUCUUCAGCUUCUUUGCCUACCACCCCAUUGAAGUGCGCCCGAGCUGCUCUUUCUCCUACUUUGGACUUCAACCAUAAGCAAGAUCUAGUGGAUAAUCUCGCAUCAGCUGUGCUGGAACUCCGUAAAAUAGUUCGGCAAGCAGUUUCAAUUAACAACCGAGAAGGCGAGAAGUCGAACGAUGUCUGUAUCGGCGGCGCGUUGCCGAGUGCUUCACCUGCAGAGCGUCGCAUCUCUGACUGGGCAUUAGAUUGCCUAUGUCCUACAAUUUAUGCCGCUCUCAGCGAUGGACUUCUUCCCCAAAUCCAAACUUUGUUUGGCUCUGUCCCAAAUUCGUUGUGGAAGGUUGUCGAAGUUUCGUCGCAACUCGGAUCGACGACGAAGGCUUUAAAUGAUCUAGUCACAAAAGUGAAUGCUGAGGAGCACUUGAAUGAGGGUCCCCUGAAGUUCAAUGCAUUUAUCUGCGGCCUCUUGAACAUUCAAUCGCUGAGAUCGUGGCUUUGCUAUCUAAGAACGAGAGAAAGUGUCAUUCAAAAGCACUUCCACCCGCACGCGUUCCUGUACGGUGCCAAUUCUUGGAGUCGUGGUCUUUUUGACGAGAUGCUGUCGUUGCUUGCCCCACUGUCUACGCAAAGUUUCAGAUUCGACUUGCUAUAUGAAUACAGAAGACUUCAUUCGAGCUUCCAGUUCAUGGAAGAGAAGAUGAAGCACCACAUGAGUGCUGAUCGUCUGGACGCACAGGACAGUGCGGAGGAUCGACGCGGGGCAAUGCGGAAAGCGCAUUCGCAGGACUACUUCCUUGACAGCGGCGUUGGAGCGACGCAGAGCGACAAGCCCGAGGCAGACCAACACAUGCGCGGGAUGGUCCGCACACGAUCCUCCAUGGACAACACGAACACUGUCACGGAUUUUGCAGCUGGGGUGAAGAAACGCUGGUCUGGCGUCCAGUUGGGAUCCAAGUUGUUGCAAGCUCUGGAUCAGUUGGCGUUGGAUGACGAGGAUUUGGAGAUUCCCGGGCCUGCGCCGCAGAUAAAAGAUGUCGACGGCAGCGACAAGAAUGGCAACAAAAGAUCACAGGAAAGCGUCAAAUUUAGUCGUCUGCGGAGAAAAUGGGAGUUAUUAUCCGGCAACAAGAAACCGUUGUCGCCGUUGCCAUCGAAAAUUCCGCGACCUGUGCAAAAGGUUUCACCGACGGGUGCCAAACCCUUGCCCUCGGCGUCCGCUGCUAAGAAGCCAGAACCCCCAGCGAAGCCUGCGGUCAUGCCGAAGACCUUUCCCGUGCCGCUCUCUGGCCUGAGGCCGAAAAGUGCUCCCCAGAAAGCCACGCCGGCGAAGAAACCAGAGGUUGAGAUGCAUCAACUUCCUGUUAUGACGCCGGAAAGCGAACAAAGCUGCUUCAGUCCCAUGGAUACGAGUUCGAGUUCUGCGCGGAGUUCUUCUUCUGCUGGAAGCGGAGUUGCUAAUGCUAAGGCGAAUGGAAGACCGUUCACAAGAUGGACAGGCCCUCCGACUCAAUCCAAAGGAGCCAAUAAGAACUGGAAACCUCCGCUGACUAUCCCACCAAAGCCAAUUUCUGUAAGCGAAACCCACAGAGCAAAUCCGUCGGGAACGCUGUGUGGUUCGCCGAUUCGAAGCAAACCGAAACUUUCAGUGGACGACAACGCCAAUGGAGAAAACAGUUUCAGCGGAAUGAGGUGA